UUGUUUCAGAGUCGUCCCUGAACGCACCAGCAGCAGUUGAAUGAAGUGGAGGGCAGGAAGUGGUUGCGAAGGGAGUUCCACACCUUUCCGGUGUAACACCGCCGCGAUCAACUCGGCUUAAAGGAGAAAGCCUACUAUAAGGAAUCGAAAGUGAGGACAGAACGCAGGGAGGAGAGAGAGUCCUGGUUGACUUCAUGUGUUGCUGAGUCACAGAGGACUUCUCUAACCAGGAAGGUGGCGAAAGCUUUGGUUGGAGUAGCACUAGCUGUAGAAGGCUGAUUUUACUUACCCGGUAGUGCUGAAAGAGCCGGGGCGCAGCCGGUAAAGAGGACUGUCACACAUUGCCUGAAGGACUGUAGUCGUACUAUAACACUUCCCUGCUGUUUGGGGGUUUAAGAAUGACCAUCGCGCAACAGCUGCAACAGUUUGUGGAGUAACAAGGCAUGGUGUGAACAGGCCGCACUGUGCUACUUUGAUACACAGGUCCAUGCACCAGGACCCUGACAUCUAUAGCAAGUGCUUAAAAUAGAAUCGGCAUGAGAGUGCUUUUCUUACACAGUUAUUAGCAGUCAUGCUUUCACACAUAAGCCUAUAAUUGAACUGAAGUCCCAUUAAGAAUACGCAGAGUACAGAUUUUCUCAUUACCAGCAAGGUAUUUAUGCACAAGAGUUGAAAAUGGGGAAGAUGUUGUCUAAGAUAUUUGGAAACAAGGAAAUGAGAAUAUUGAUGCUUGGACUUGACGCUGCCGGAAAGACAACAAUCCUGUACAAGCUGAAACUGGGACAGUCGGUCACCACCAUCCCAACGGUGGGCUUCAACGUGGAGACGGUCACCUACAAAAACGUCAAGUUUAACGUGUGGGAUGUCGGCGGCCAGGAUAAGAUUCGCCCCCUGUGGCGACACUACUACACAGGCACACAAGGGCUCAUUUUCGUGGUGGAUUGCGCUGACAGGGAUCGCAUCGAUGAAGCAAGGCAGGAACUCCACCGCAUCAUCAAUGACCGGGAGAUGAGGGAUGCCAUCAUCUUGAUAUUCGCCAAUAAGCAAGACCUUCCUGACGCAAUGAAGCCACAUGAAAUCCAAGAGAAGCUGGGAUUGACCCGCAUCCGAGAUAGGAAUUGGUAUGUUCAACCCUCCUGUGCGACCACAGGUGACGGACUCUAUGAGGGCCUCACAUGGCUAACCUCCAAUUACAAGUCUUAAUGAUUGAGUGCUGACUGUUUUAGGUCAAAACUAUAAUACAAGUUGCAAAUAACGUCACCAAUGAGCGGUUAAGUACAAAUUGAUUGCCCUCAUUUAUUUUUAAUACUGCAUUUAUCCCGUAACUAAUUUAUCUGCCGAUUGGGUUGCUGGUUUAAAAAAAAAAAAAAAAUGCUUGUCCUGUGUAGCAGACUUUAUCACAACAUAUUAGGGCUUGCUUCUUUAUAUUGAAAUAAUUGGUUCUAUUGUGGAAGCCACAAACCGUUCACCACCUUUGCCUGUUUUUCCUGUUUUAUAUCAUUUUUUCUAAUGACGCUGAGUUUAUUUGCAUUCAUCCUUGGGAUGGGGUUUUGUUUGGUUUAAUGUGGUGCAGCCAACCUGAAUGGACUGAUACAGUACUAUGAUGAAUAGUAUUUGAUACAAGGGUAUUGGUUGCUGCAAAUGAGAGAGAAUGUCCCCUUUAGCCAUGAUUCAUUGUUACAUGUCUUAAGAGAAGAUCUCAUCAGCCCUCACUCAAUCCCCUUAAAUGGGCUAUAUAUUAAACUGAUGUGUCAUGUCUGGAUACCUAAAUGUGCUAAUAUUCAACAGAAUGCCUCUUAAACAUGCUUGUUGGGAUGCAUUUUUAGUUCAGAGUGGGUCAAAUCAUCUCUCCAAAGGAAUGUCCUUCAGUGCUCUCAAUCUGUCUGGAUGAGUCUCAGUAACGGGACAUGAUAUGAUGAUCGCCUAUAUCUGUAGCAUGAAGUGCAGCAACGCUCCACAAGGGACCACACCUGUCAUGCAGUCAAAUGUGUUUGCUGCAGCUCUUAUUUUGUUCAGGCUGGGGAUCCAUGUACAGACCUUGUCAUUGUAAUGUCUUAUUAAAAAAAAAAAAAAAAAAGUGAUUUGAAAACUGCUUUGUCUCUAUUUGUAACCGUAGGCCUGUUAAAAUGUCACUUGACUCAGAAGCAUCCAGAUGAAGUCAUUUUAGAUCCAGAAACACAAGAGGCCUCAAAUGAGUGCCACCGGCCCCUGUGGGAGAAUGUUCAAAACAGGAAGUUAAACUACUAGCCUCACUAUUGCAUGGAAGCGGUACAGACUGAAUGUUCAAAAUAUACCUUCAGCUACUUGGAGGGGA